ACAACACACACAGCAGUCUGCCGACCCGGAGUAGAAAAUACAACGAUAGCGUAAUGUUUGUCGGGGCUUUCAAAGUCGUCAGUGUGUACAGAACGAAGUGGGAUUAAUAAUUAAUUAAUGGAAUGAAGUGGGCUUAAGAUCGUUGUUCAGAAGUUGAUGUGUAGACCAACCGGGUGUUUGUGGAUUAAUCGGAGGCCUUGCUCCACGUUAAAAAAGGGACUUGUGUAUUGUGCAUGUGUGUGUGAAGGAAGUGGAAACGGACCAUCAAAUACACAACACUCGCACGUUACUUCACGUAUGUGGAUGUUUCCUUGUCUGUUUUUACAGGAAUCUGUGAAGCCAUGAACAGGUAUGCUUUCUCUUAUUUACUUCAGGAAUCAGGGCGUCAUGUCGACUCCAGUUUGAAGUUUUAAAGCCUACCGGGUACCUGCCGGGAAGCACGUUGUUUUCCAAUUAACUUCUGCCCCGGAGUAUGUCAAGUAACGGUAAAUCACAAAACAUGGAAGUUAGUGUCCACUAUGGUGCCGGUGGCUCCGAUAAGCAAGAAUCCGAGGGUCAGGUUGAAAUGGGGGCGAUCAAAUGUUCCGGCGAAAAUCCCCCUAAAGGAGGGAUGCCAAGUUUAUUUGAACGAGCAUCUGGAAGCUGGUGGAACCCCAAAUUUGAUUCAGAAGCUCUAGAAUCUGAACAGUGGAAAAGUUACUUCCCCCAGACACGAAGAAGGUUCCAAUACGCUCUGUGUUAUAUCAUUGUUGCCUGUGUCGCAUGGUGCAUAUUCUUUGGAACGAGCAAAGUCCAUCACUGGUUGCAGUUACUUGCGGGAACUCUGGUGAUUUUAGCUUUAGUCGCAGUGGUCCUUUGGUUUACCUUCACUAAAUUCUACGAACGAUUUUACUUUCAGACGUCAAUUUUAGUGUCGGCUACAUUAUGUAUCGGAAUUCUUUUACAUUUUGUGCUUUCCCAGAUGGAGUUGACAACUGUUGCGAUGUUCACAGCUUCGAUAGAAUUCAUUCUCAUGAUGUAUACAGUCAUACCAAUGCCGCUAUUUGUCGCAGUCGGAAUUGGUGUGAUGCAUUCCAUAAUUUACGAAGUUUUCAUAACCCUGCAACACCCGGAAGCACAGGUGGCUACGUUUAUAAUCGGUAAAAUUCUUCUGCAUCUUUGCAUGCAUUUAAUAGGCAUUCAUAUUUUCAUUAUGUUACAAGUUCGUAGACGAAGCACGUUUUGGAAAAUUGGCCAGUCCGUGAUGGCAAGACGAGAGUUGCACAAGGAAAGACAGGUCCAGGAGCAAAUGAUCCAUUCUCUCAUGCCGAAGAAAGUGGCGGACGAGGUUAUGGCCACACGAGAGGAUAAGACGGAGGACGAAAUGGAUCCCGGUCAAGGAAAACGGAAUUCCAAAACCAAGAAAGAGAAGGGCGUGAUUGUGUUUCGACCCUUCAACAUGAAUAGUAUGGACAACGUCAGUAUUCUGUUUGCAGACAUUGUGGGUUUUACGAAGAUGAGUUCCAACAAAACUGCCGAACAUUUGGUGGGAUUGCUGAACGAUUUGUUUGGUAGAUUUGAUAAACUUUGUCAGGAAAAUGGCUGUGAAAAGAUCAGUACUCUGGGCGACUGUUAUUAUUGUGUUUCUGGCUGUCCGGAAGAGAGAGAUGAUCAUGCGAAAUGUUGUGUCGAAAUGGGUAUGGGGAUGAUCACGGCUAUACAACAGUUUGACGAAGACAACAAUGAAUCUGUUGGCAUGAGGGUCGGAGUACAUACAGGCAAAGUACUUUGCGGCAUUGUUGGGACUCGGAGAUUUAAAUUUGACGUCUGGUCAAACGACGUCACCCUUGCAAACACCAUGGAAUCCUCUGGACUUCCAGGGAAGGUGCACAUUUCCGAGUCAUCUCUUCAUUUCCUGGACGGCGAGUACGAGGUGGAACAAGGCGAAGAAAUCGCAGACAACAGGACACACAAGGUGUUGGUGGAAGACUACAAUGUGGCGACAGGACUGUACCAGGUCAAACACAGGGAGGAUGAGAAAGUAAUAAAAACCUACUUUAUCGUCGGCCGCAACGAAAACUGUACAAAGGGCCCGAAGAUCAAAACAUUGGCAGCCUCACCUACAGCGUCCCCGGAUAAUGUGGCGAUCACUGUUGAAGGGGAGACAACUUCUGGUCAAACUGGGGAUGCUGAUAAUGCUGCUACUGAGCUUCUGGCCUCAGAAAAGGAAUCGAAAUCCCAGGAUGACAUGGAGGCCAACCACACUGAGGGGAAGGGAACGGAUGUGAAUGGUGUCACAGCAGCGCCAUAUUUAGGGCGGCACCACAGCGAAACAUCGCUAGACGGCACGGAUAUCACGAGUCCGAUCAACGACACCCUGAUGCACCAUAAUCAAGACAGUGCCCAAAACGAUCUUUACAUUCUCAAGUGUAUGAAGGAAGAUGUUAAAAACAAGGAGUUCUUCUACAAACCUCCGAUCUCUAAGCUCACGCUCAGCUUCCAGAACAAGGACCUGGAGGAGGACUAUCGGGACCACUAUAUCCAGGACAAUCAGAGCGAGAACACCUUGUCGUCGCCACGAUAUCACGCCCUGGUGGAGAUCAUCAUAUCCUUCGUCGUAUUUACCAUAAUCGCAAUCGCUGCAUUUAUCAUGUUCGACUGCGAGUUGCCAUGGAUACUCGUUUUCCUGGUAUCCUUGGUCUUGGAGAUUCUGGUCCUAGUCCACGCGGUAACUGAUAUCAAAUGUAGGAAGCAGAAAAUGGAAUCGUGCAAAAAGUUUGUUGAUUUCAUAUCUGGAUGGUAUUUCCGCAAUAUCCUUGGAGCGAUCGUUGCAAGUAUCCCAGUGGUUGCGGUUUAUUCCAAUAUUUCAUGUGACGUACUAACAGAAAAAAUUUGGCAGUUUCGUUUUUUCUCUUACUGCAUCAUGGUGUCGCUACUUCACUACUGUAACUUCACCAUGCUCAGUUCCUGGCUCAAGUCAACUCUGGCUGCUUUAGCUGGAGUCGUGUUGAUAAUUUUGUGGAGUGUGAAUAUCUGUAUGUUCAACUCGGACACAAAAGAAGUCACCUUUAUGGGGAAUACCUCUACCUUAAUGGGUAAUGUCUCUACAAAUUACGAUGUUCAGACCCCGCUGUCAAAUGACACAAACAAGUUUGACUACCUAUUCUCCGGGAGCAACUACCGACGGUACGAGAUCUUACUCGACAUGGUUCUACUUCUAUUUCUGGUUUGGUUCCUCAACCGCGAAUUUGAAAUUAACUACAGGUUGAGUUUUAAUGGAGAUGCACAGGCGUCAGCCAAUAAGCAGCAGAUGCAGCGAACCAUGGAUCAAGCUGAUUGGCUGCUUCACAAUAUCAUACCGGAGCAUGUAUCGAAACAGAUAAAUAAAAUGGGUGUGACGAAAUACUCCAAAAAUCACAAAGACGUUGGUGUGAUAUUUGCAACACUAGUCAACUUCAACGAAUUUUAUGAUGAGGCAUAUCAAGGGGGAAAAGAGUACCUGCGUGUGCUGAACGAACUCGUCAGCGACUACGAGGAUCUGCUGGACGAAUACCGUUUCAAAGAUGUAGAAAAAAUCAAGACUAUAACAAGUACCUUUAUGGCGGCCUCCGGGCUGAAUGAAUCUAAUCGGGCAAAAAACAAGCACCCUCAUGCUCAUUUAUUCGCACUUAUGGACUUUUGUGUUGAAAUGCAAGGAGUGGUGCAAAGAUUUAAUGAGAGUAUAUUUAACUUUGCAUUCGAAUUGAACAUUGGGUUUAACUUUGGUGAAGUUACCGCCGGUGUCAUCGGUACCACCAAGUUGUUAUAUGACAUCUGGGGGGAUACAGUGAACAUCUCCAGUCGAAUGUACUCCACUGGGGUCAAAGAUAGAAUUCAAGUUCCUGAGGCGACAGCGAACCUGCUCGGAGAGAUGUACGAUUUUGAGUAUCGUGGUACGAUUCCGGUGAAGGGAAAAGGAGAUAUGAAAACGUACCUGUUAGUUGGCAAAAAGCCAGGUGCUGAAUGGAGUUAAUGCUGGAACCUCUGGAAUUCCUAGUUCAAAAGACUGCAUUUAGGCAAAUAAAGUUAAUUUUUAGUUUUAUAAAGGCACUGCCAUUUUGCCCAACAUCAUUUCAUUGUCAAAUUUGCCAAAAGUUUGAUUGCUGUAUCGAAAUUCCGGAUUGUCACUUUUAUUUCAUGUAUUUUAGUUUUGUCCAUCAGACAAGCACAUCCCCAAAAGUGAUCUAACAUUGUCUGCAAAUAGUCUCCAAGUGACGGGGUAUUAGCCUCUAAGAAAUUGGAAAUAGUCUCAAAGUAACAGGGAAUUAGUCUGAAGAGCCUGAAGAACCUUUAGCUUUGUAUUUCUGAAACUUAUGUUGACAAUAAUAAAUUCAGAAUCCAUGCAUAACAAAAACUUUUUUUUUUAGAAAUUGAAAAAAAAAUAAAGAAAUAUAGAAAAAAAAAGAUAAGAAAAAUAAAAUGGCAGCACUACUUUUUCCAUGACAGUAGCCGCAGAAUCUUAAAAUUGAUUUUAUUUUGCCACUCUAAGCAGCCCUGCAGAUAAAUCUUGGGGAGUACAAAUUAUCUAUGCUGGAGUUAUCUCCCUUGGGAGUUCUUUGUACAGGUGAUCGUCGUUGGAGUUAUUUCCCUUGUCUGUUUAUGGAGUUCAGUUAUUAUCUAGCAGGAGAGGGAUACAGUAAUUUGUUUAACCCAGAUUUACCUCUGUGGUGAGGUGUUUCUGUAACAUUGGUUGUAGAAAGUAUUACCUUCCCCGGAACGGCCGACAGAUUUUCAAAAUCGAUCCAUGCUGGAUAUUGUGAUCUCAUCUUAACCUGCGCAGUGAUGAUAAAACGCAGUUACCUAACCGGUACCAUGAUCAUCAAAAUCUAGUUUGUACAUUAUGCAUCGACAGCCAUAGAUUUGUAAAAUGUAUCUCCUACUGAUUUAGCUAGCCAACGUAAGGAUUUAGCAUAGCUGUUCUUCAUUCAAUUAACAGCAAAUUAUUUUUGGAAUUUUUUUUGACGUUCAAUAUUGAUAUCUUUCUGGGUUACGGUUUAAUCUAAAACUACUGGGGCCAAGACUUAAGGUAAUAGACAGGUUUCCUGAUUAUACAGGUUCAUUUAAUUACCUUGACUUGUCUAGUGGUUACAACUGUCCAGAUUACACAGGGUCUACUCUAGACAGGUUACACUGUGAAUAUAAAUGACUGGUUGAAAUUUAGGACAAUAUACUGUUGUUAAUAUUUUUUAAUGAAAUAUUGUCUUUUUUCUCAAAAAUUAUUUUAAAGUGAUUAUCAUUGACAUUUGUGGGAUACCGGCUAGUAAAUUUUUCUCAAGCUUUGUCUCUAGAACAGAUUUAAAAAAUUCAUUAAAGCUUUUUAUGGCAUUAUUUAAGAUAUUUUGACUUUAAAAAUAGCUCAGUACGUAAUGAUAAUAAACUUAUACAAUGUACUGUUUUGUGUUGACCCUGUAUUUUCAGAUAAGGUCAAAGUUCAUACAUUGCUAAUAUCUGUGAAGAAACAAACGAAAAUUUAAGCAAUUUUCAGCAAAACAAUAAAAAAUAAUUGAUAUACAUGUGUUGAUGAAAUGAGAAAACUGAUUGGUUUUCUGGAACAUUUGGGUCAGUAUUGGUACAACAUAUAUGUACAGUGUAUAUGUGUGUUGGUAAAAUCAGAAAACUCGCAUGGCUGGUUGUCUUCACCGUAAAGUAUAAUAUGACUCCAGUAGACAUGAAAUUGAUAUGUACAAAUGAUGUAGAUAUCUUCUUAAAUUUUUUUAAUGUGUCUGGUUUUUAUCAAUCUUUUAUGCAUAAUUUCGUCCCUUAUGCUCAAUAGUUAUCAAAGGACACGAUCAUUGUAGCUAUGUUCAUAUUUGCUAAGUGUUGUGUACAGUUUCGAUGACCAGGGAGAGUGAAAAUUAUUUUUCAAUGAUUUUAUGCAUGAAUAUUUUUAACAAAAUCAUCGGAGCAUCAAAUGAAGAAUUCAACUUCAACACUAAAAAUGAACUUCUCAACCAAAAAUAACCUUUUUUAACAGUAGCAUGUUUGUGUUUUACGUGCAUAUUUCAAAGUGGAACCUCUUUUAAAACAGAAUCUGAAUAUUGCUGGACAUGUGUAAAAUGUAUAUUACCCUUGAAAAAAAAUCAAGCAUUUUAUAAUCCUGGAAUGAAGGAAUGGAAAAUAGCUUAAUGUUGUUCAUGAUUUGUUUCGAAAACAUUACUUACAGGGUUUCACUGUUUUUAAACUUGCAGAAAUACUGUAUAUCUAUGGAGAAUUUUCUGUCAUGAAAUUUAAAAUGGCAACAUUUUAAAUACCAGAAUGCAGUCUGAUCAAAAUAAUUAGUUAUGAUUGUUUGAUCGGAAAAUAAAUUACUAUGGAAAAUUUUCAUAUUUCAGUGUGCAUUAAUAGAAUAUAAAAUAUAAGUGAUUUGAUAUAAAAUAUAGCAUUUUUACUGUUUUAGUAAGUUUAGUUGUCUGAGGAAUGUUGUGAGAAAGUGUUGUUGGUGGACACACAAGCUUCUGAGUACAGAUAUAUAUAACACUUAUUUAUUGAAAUAUUGAUGAAUUUGUUUCAGUUAACCCUUGUACAUAUUGAAUAAUUGUACAUAUAGUAUACAUUUUGAGCAAGAGGUUGGGUUUGCAUGAAAGUUUGCGCAAGAAGUAAGAUUUGGGUCAAGUUUACGCGAUAACUUAUGUUUGCAUGAGAGAUUGCAAGACAAAAGGUUUACGUGGUUUGCAUGAGAGUUUGGGUGAGAGUUUAUGUUUGCAUGAGAGUUUGGGUGAGAGUUUAUGUUUGCAGGAGAGUUUGGGUAAGAAUAAAUAACAGGAUUAGCUGUAAUUUAUAAUACGAUGUUGUUGUAAUGGUGUAAUACCAUGGUACAUUGUAUUGGUAUCAUCUUUGUAUAUUGAUACACAACAAACCAAUACCUACCAGAAAGUCUCCUGGUCCAGACAGAAACAUCAUCUGUGUUUGUGAGUUUGUAUAGCAUUAUAGUGUGGUAAAUGUCCUUGAAUAAUGAUGAUAUUAAAUUUUCUUGAUAUUUAAAAUGUUAGCUUAUAGAUCAAAGAUAUAGAAAAUGUUUUCAUCUAUAUUUGAUGUUCAUGCACCAGUAUAUAUAUAGAAACCUUAAUAAAAGUGUUGUAAUCAA